GUCAGCCGGUUGUAACUCGAACUCCUGAGUAAUCUGGGAAGCUGUUUGCACCGUACAUCUCUCGGCAACACGACAGUACUCUACCGAGUGCUGUUCUACACAACAGGAGGCGUCUUUUCCAGCAGCAUCCAGUGACUGAGCCUCACUGACCAGCAGCCAUGAGCUUCUUCGGGUUUGGUCAAAGUGCGGACAUCGACAUAGUUCUGAAUGACGCCGAAACGAGAAAGAAAGCUGAGCACAAAAGCGAAGAUGGUAGGAAGGACAAAUAUUUUCUCUUCUACGACGGAGAAACGGUGUCGGGAAAAGUCAACGUUACGCUCAAAUACCCCGGAAAGAGGCUGGAGCACAACGGCAUCAAGAUUGAGUUUAUCGGCCAGAUAGAGCUCUACUAUGAUAGAGGAAACCACCAUGAGUUCGUGUCUCUUGUAAAAGACUUGGCUCGGCCCGGGGAGCUCACACAGUCACAGACGUUUGACUUCGAGUUCACGCAUGUGGAGAAACCCUACGAGUCUUACACUGGUCAAAAUGUCAAAUUACGCUACUUUCUGAGGGCGACCGUGAGCCGGAGACUGAACGACAUCAGCAAAGAGCUGGACAUUGUGGUUCACACACUCAGCACCUACCCUGAGCUCAACUCCUCCAUCAAGAUGGAAGUGGGGAUCGAGGACUGUCUACACAUAGAGUUUGAGUACAAUAAAUCAAAGUAUCACCUAAAAGAUGUGAUUGUCGGGAAGAUUUACUUUCUGCUGGUGAGGAUCAAGAUCAGACAUAUGGAGAUUGAUAUCAUCAAGCGGGAGACAACUGGCACAGGACCCAACGUCUACCAUGAGAACGACACCAUAGCCAAGUACGAAAUCAUGGAUGGUGCCCCAGUCAGAGGAGAGUCCAUCCCCAUCAGGCUGUUUCUGGCAGGAUAUGAGAUGACACCCACCAUGAGGGACAUUAACAAGAAGUUCUCUGUGCGGUACUACCUCAACCUGGUCCUCAUCGAUGAGGAGGAAAGACGCUAUUUCAAACAGCAGGAGAUCACUCUGUGGAGGAAAGGCGACAUAGUGAGGAAGAGUAUGUCCCACCAAGCAGUCAUCGCCUCCCAACGCUUUGAAGGCUCCUGCAAUCCGGAGAAGACCCAGUCCCAGAGCAACGAGGAGGACGACAGCUAAAGCACAGCAUGCACUUCACCCCUGGGCAGUGAGUGCUUGAGUGAACACGCUGCAGAAAUUGUCGGAAGUGUCUGAAUUCACUGCAGUGUUUUUCAGAACGUGUGUGUCAGUGUGUGUGAGUGAGUGAGAGGCUUUGAAAUAUGACAGUGUGUUUUACAAGGGAACAAACAGACCAGGCAAAGACAGUAGUUGCAGGCAAUUCUCAGUGUAUGUUUUAACCACCUUGAAGUACCAGCCGGGUGGAGUUUACCACAUUAAGACUGAUUAGAACUUCUCUGUCAUUAAAAAUUGCACAAAAUUAAAUUGACUUUUAAGUGCUUAACUUAAUUAUUUUUACAUUUAUUAUACAGUUUUUAGAGAGGGGCAAGCUUCACCUGUUAGCUGCACUUAAAUAUCAUUUGCAAACACUGUUUUGGCCUUUACCUUGAAUUCACGUGUGUAUGAAUGUAGAGUCGGUGGCAGAGAGCCACCUCGGGUGUUUUUCUAACACAAGCUUUCCUUCAAACUGCUUACUCGGCUGGACAAUUGCACUGUGCAGAAACUGUAGUCGCACUCUUAAGUUCAUCAAAGGUUGGUAAAACUAGAUCUUACUGUACAUUUCUGUUUGUCUCCUCACAAGAAUGUGACAUUAAUUCAUUUGAGAUUAUUUUGCUGCCAUGCCCCAUGCUGAGAAAUGGCUCCUCUUAUUUUAUUUUAAUUUAAAAGUUUUCAGUUUUCAUUAAAAAAAAAUUAAGCAGUGACUCUCCAAGAUUUAAAAAAUGCUCCAAAUGAAACACAUUUACAGAUUUGUAAAGGACAAUGCUUAGAAUAUUUUCAUACAUUCCAGGGCUCUCAUCCGAAAUAGACAUGACUACAGAGCAUUUAUUUUUCAACAAAUUUCCAUUUUUAACCAGCAUUUAAUGUGUUUGAUGCAACAGUUGGUUGUGCGUCGGUGACAGGUAAUGCCACUGCUGCUGAUAACAAACGUGGCGCUUGUGACUGGUGUGGGAGUUUUCUUCCAUCGUCCUUACAGUCUCUGAUCGUCUGAAGCUCUGCUUUCUUAUUUGCACUAUAAUAUCAUCAUGGCUUUUUCUGCUAUCAAUGCUGUUCAACAGUCAGACUCCACUGUCCCCGGGCAUCUCUUCAAAUCUCAUAUAGACAGUAUUACACCUGUAUCCAGUGACAAAGCUGACAUAGAUGCUUGUGACUGAUGUCUGUCAGUAGUCUGUCGGCUGCUGGGACGAGCUGCCUGUUGGUUAGUGAGCUUUGUGCCUAAGGGUUUAUUGCCAAAACAUUUCAGUGCAAUACAAGAGAAGAAUUGUCGAUGUGUACUGCUGUGCCCUUUCGUCCCACCAUCAGUUCAUUCACUACAGUCACUUUUAAAGUUUAUUGUAAAGAUGGUUUCAAAUGAUCUUAAUGUGAAAAAAGUGAAUGUAUCAGUCAGGCUACUCACUCAUAUUGAGCACUUCAUUAAAAUUCAAUAACUGAAGAAUCCCAAACUCACAAUAUUUUCCAAACAAGAAUAAUCAGGUUUUUUCUUGCUUCUGGUCAGGCAGAGUAGAUCAUGGAGUUUCUCUGCCAUCACUUCCUUCCUUUUAUUUAGAUUUUUUUCAGUACUGAAAAAAAGAGCACGAGCAAGAGCACACUAGUGAGUACAAAGUGUACAGCACUGAAACUGAACCCCAGCACUUAGCUUGCUUUCCUGUUGCCCUAACCCCGCAGCCUUUCGCUUGACAAGCUUAUGCUGUGCGACUUUGCAAAAUAUAUCACUGAAGAUUCAGAUGUUUUUAUAUUUCAUAGUUUUCUUGGCGGAGAGGUCAGAUUUUUGGUUUGUUGUCGUUGUGCUAAAGCAACAUGAUUGCUGUUCAGGUAACUGUUAAAUAUGGGGAACACCAGCCAAAGGUGUGUUGAUCUGAGCCAACAGGAUGUUUUCAUUUAGAUCCAUGUAGCUGACUGAAGAGGUGACGCAUGGUUCUUUCUUCUGAGGUUUUUUAUUUGACAUGUUAUUGAUGGUGGUAGAAAUCACUGCCUUGUACAUCACUCUACGGCCUGUAGUUAAGCUUUAUUUGUAUUAAGGGACUGUAUGAAAAUUAUUGGGGUGGGCAGUGAGUUUGACUUAAAAUAUUAAUAACCCUUUUCAAUUGCGACACCCUCCUCCCUAAUCUGUCAAUCUUAAUGUGAUACUGGUACAAUCAGUUUUACAAAUGAUUAAUAAGACAGCUAAGACUGCUGCUCUCUGUUUUGACCCAAGAGUUUCGAAUAAAAAGUUAUUAUCAAUGCCACUGAAUUAGGGACCAGGAAGCAGCAGCUCUGUGGCUGCUGAAGGGCUUCAGCAUUGUAAUAUUUUCCCCUCACCCACUGGGCUGGCAGGUUAGGUUGUGCUAAAUAUGCAUUAUAUUACAGGUGAACUCUACAUGAUACUGUGCAUUUAACUUCACUGUAGAUCUGUUAAAGUUCAGAGUAAAGUGACAGCGACCUUUGACUGUGUGUUUAGACAGCUUGAGGCAGCAGAAUUAUAUACAGAUUAAAUGGAAGGAAACAUUUGGAUGCAGAUUUGUCCAAACAGGCACAAACUGACACAUUAGGACUCUUCUUCAUAAAAGGAGAGACUGGAGGGAAAUGAGAGGAAGAGCUGAGGUCACUGAUUGUUUUCCUCUGCAUGUGGCAAAAUGCACAUCCAAUUAUGAUCCAUGGUGCACACAAACUACUUCUCAGUCUUUUGAAAUAAAAAUCUAAUCUAUAAAACUCUCCCAAAAAUGUAAGACCACCCCUCUCUGACCCCACCUCUCAGCCUACUAAUUUUCAUAAAGUCUCUAACUUGUACAGAAUCUAUUCUCCAUUACUUCCCUGCCUAUAUCAGUGUACUUUAUUUUGGCGGUUAUCUCCACUGAUACAACACUUCAUCUGUUGAAGAAAAACAAGCACCAUUCAAAAAAAUCAAAGCAGCUUUGGAAUUAUAUACAAUAUCUUUUUUGUUUCAUGUGGCUGUUAUUUGACUUUUUGCUGGUACUGGUACAGACAUGCAGUAGCUAAACUAACCCAGUUUGUAAUUGAGAGUAAAGUAAGAUUAAAAUAGAAAAGAAUGAUGAAAUGUACAGUAUACUAUAAAUGCACAAUGUAAAUGCAAACUCCUCUUAUGUUUAUGUUCUUGUCAUAUUUGGUCUAUAAAUGUUGAUUUUAAUCAUUUUAUAUUCCUGUUUUACUUUGCAUUAAAAGGGAGUAACUGAACAACACA